UAUACUUUGGUUUGUGUUGUUCAUAGCGGCUCAGACGCAAAGCGCCGUGGAGUGAGGCGCGCAGAUAACCUCUUUUUAAUUGAAUCAGAAUUAAAGUUAUUCACCAGCAAAUAUCAUGUACGAUCAAGACGAAGAUAUCCAGUAUGAUGAAGAUGAUGAUGAAAUCACCCCUGAUUUGUGGCAGGAGGCCUGUUGGAUUGUUAUCAGCUCAUACUUUGAUGAAAAAGGUUUGGUGCGACAGCAGCUGGACUCAUUCGAUGAGUUUAUCCAGAUGUCUGUGCAGAGAAUUGUGGAGGAUGCUCCACCCAUUGACCUGCAGGCUGAGGCCCAGCACACAUCUGGAGAGGUGGAGGAACCGCCUCGGUACCUCCUAAAGUUUGAGCAAAUCUAUCUGUCCAAACCCACUCACUGGGAAAGAGAUGGCGCUCCAUCACCUAUGAUGCCAAACGAAGCUAGACUCCGAAAUCUCACGUAUUCUGCCCCUCUGUAUGUGGAUAUCACAAAGACCAUCAUAAAAGAUGGGGAAGAGCAACAGCAGACACAGCAUCAGAAAACCUUCAUCGGCAAAAUUCCCAUCAUGCUCCGUUCCACGUACUGUCUCCUCAGCGGCCUAACAGAUCGUGAUCUUUGUGAGUUGAAUGAGUGCCCACUGGACCCUGGAGGCUACUUCAUCAUUAAUGGUUCAGAGAAGGUCCUGAUUGCUCAAGAGAAGAUGGCCACUAACACAGUGUAUGUGUUUGCCAAGAAAGACUCCAAGUAUGCUUACACAGGAGAGUGCAGGUCAUGUCUGGAGAACUCCUCCAGACCCACCAGCACCAUCUGGGUCAGCAUGAUGGCCCGUGGAGGACAGGGAGUAAAGAAAAGUGCCAUCGGCCAGAGGAUUGUUUCCACUUUGCCGUAUAUCCGGCAGGAAGUACCCAUCAUCAUAGUAUUCCGUGCUUUGGGAUUUGUGUCUGAUAGAGACAUCUUGGAACACAUCAUCUAUGAUUUUGAUGAUCCUGAGAUGAUGGAAAUGGUGAAGCCAUCGUUAGAUGAGGCCUUUGUGAUUCAGGAACAGAAUGUGGCUUUGAACUUCAUUGGCUCUAGAGGGGCCAAACCUGGUGUCACCAAAGAGAGAAGAAUCAAAUAUGCUAAAGAGGUUUUGCAGAAGGAGGUGCUGCCACAUGUUGGUGUAUCAGAUUUCUGCGAGACCAAGAAAGCAUAUUUUCUAGGUUACAUGGUUCACAGACUAUUGUUGGCCGCUCUGGGCAGACGAGAGCUGGAUGACAGAGAUCACUAUGGCAACAAGAGGCUUGAUCUCGCUGGACCCCUGCUUGCAUUCCUUUUCAGAGGAAUGUUCAAGAAUCUGCUGAAGGAGAUCAGGAUCUACGCACAGAAGUUUAUUGACAGGGGGAAAGACUUUAAUCUGGAGCUGGCCAUUAAGACACGCAUCAUUUCUGACGGACUCAAGUACUCUCUGGCCACGGGAAACUGGGGGGAUGUAAAGAAAGCUCAUCAGGCAAGAGCUGGAGUAUCGCAGGUGUUGAACAGGUUGACCUUCGCUUCCACUCUUUCCCACCUGCGCCGUGUAAACUCGCCUAUAGGACGAGAUGGCAAGCUGGCCAAACCUAGGCAGCUUCAUAACACACUGUGGGGUAUGGUGUGCCCUGCUGAGACCCCAGAGGGCCAUGCUGUAGGUUUGGUGAAGAAUUUAGCGCUCAUGGCCUACAUUUCUGUGGGAUCUCAGCCGUCCCCCAUCCUGGAGUUCUUGGAAGAGUGGAGCAUGGAGAACCUGGAGGAAAUCUCACCUGCUGCCAUUGCAGAUGCAACUAAGAUUUUUGUGAAUGGUUGCUGGGUGGGUAUUCAUAAAGAUCCAGAGCAACUGAUGAACACACUGCGGAAACUGAGGAGACAGAUGGACAUCAUUGUGUCUGAGGUGUCAAUGAUCAGAGAUAUUCGUGAGAGGGAGAUCAGGAUCUACACAGAUGCUGGCAGGAUCUGCCGUCCGCUGCUUAUUGUAGAAAAGCAAAAACUUCUUCUGAAGAGGCGACAUAUUGACCAGCUCAAAGAGAGAGAGUACAACAACUACAGUUGGCAGGACCUGGUAGCCAGUGGUGUGGUUGAAUAUAUUGACACACUAGAGGAGGAGACUGUGAUGUUGGCCAUGACCCCAGAUGACCUUCAGGAGAAGGGAGUGGCUUAUUGCUCCACCUACACACAUUGUGAGAUCCACCCGUCCAUGAUUUUGGGCGUCUGUGCAUCUAUCAUUCCCUUCCCUGAUCACAACCAGUCUCCCAGAAACACAUACCAGUCUGCUAUGGGUAAACAAGCCAUGGGAGUUUACAUCACCAACUUCCAUGUGCGUAUGGAUACCCUGGCACAUGUGCUCUACUACCCCCAGAAACCCCUAGUCACGACUCGUUCCAUGGAGUACCUGCGCUUUAGAGAGCUGCCGGCAGGUAAUCUAUUUCUUACAUUGAACAGAAAACAUGGUGUUACAGAGGCUUUCUGCAUAAGGUGCAUUAUCAUUGCUGUUUUUUUUUUCUCUAAAGGCAUGCGACAUGCCAUCUAUGACAAGUUAGAUGACGAUGGUUUGAUUGCUCCUGGUGUACGUGUGUCUGGCGAGGACGUUAUCAUUGGUAAAACCGUAACGCUUCCCGAGAAUGACGAUGAGCUGGAUAGCACCAACCGUCGCUACACUAAGAGAGACUGCAGCACAUUCCUGCGCACCAGUGAAACCGGUAUCGUUGACCAAGUCAUGGUCACGCUAAACCAAGAGGGCUACAAGUUUUGCAAAAUUAGGGUCCGUUCAGUUCGUAUACCACAAAUUGGAGACAAGUUUGCCAGUCGUCAUGGUCAGAAGGGUACCUGUGGUAUCCAGUACAGACAAGAGGACAUGCCGUUCACAUGUGAAGGAAUCACUCCAGAUAUCAUCAUCAACCCUCACGCCAUCCCCUCCAGAAUGACAGUCGGCCAUUUGAUCGAGUGCCUGCAGGGGAAGGUGUCCGCUAACAAAGGGGAGAUUGGUGAUGCCACGCCGUUCAAUGAUGCUGUGAACGUACAAAAAGUCUCCAACCUGCUGUCAGAAUAUGGUUACCAUCUGAGAGGCAAUGAGGUUCUGUAUAAUGGCUUCACCGGCCGUAAGCUCACCUCUCAGAUCUUCAUUGGACCCACAUACUACCAGCGUCUGAAGCACAUGGUGGAUGAUAAGAUCCACUCCAGAGCCCGUGGUCCGGUCCAGAUCCUCAACAGACAGCCCAUGGAGGGUAGAUCACGUGAUGGUGGGCUGCGUUUUGGAGAGAUGGAACGUGACUGUCAAAUCGCUCACGGUGCUGCUCAGUUCCUAAAAGAGAGGCUUUUUGAGGCCUCUGACCCGUACCAGGUCCACGUCUGCAAUUUAUGUGGCCUCAUGGCUAUCGCAAACACGCGCACACACACCUAUGAGUGCAGGGGCUGCCGCAACAAGACACAGAUCUCUUUGGUGAGGAUGCCGUAUGCCUGUAAGCUCUUAUUCCAGGAGCUGAUGUCUAUGAGCAUUGCCCCACGGAUGAUGACCAGCUAAACAACACACAGAUGAAUGACAGAAAACAGGAUAUACAGAAUAAUGGAAAAAAUUA